CUUAGUUUCCCAAUCACUUGUAGAAUAUAGCCACCAAAAGAUUUCUUGCUACAGUAUAGCCAUUGUGUCAUCUACGUCUUCGACACCGCCCGUCCGGGACGAGUGAGCGCAUAAUCACAUCACUUCAAUGCCGCAAGUUGAACUGUGUCCCAUCAUUCACAAGCUGAGGCUCGCAGCACUCGACGAGCGUCCUUUCGGAGGACGUGGGAUUGGUGGUCUGGUCGCUUCUGGUCUCGCUAGAAGUGCGACAUCUGCCCUCGCGGGUGCAGGGCUCAAUGAGAUCGAAAAGUUUGUUCCACCGUGAGUCGAGUGAGUGCUCAUGGUUUCGAAGCAACAAGUUCUUCCAUAGUC